AUGGACCGAACAGCAGCCGAAACGAGAGAUGUCUCUGCGAGGCUCAAGUAUCUCCACGAAUCCGCCCGUGUCAUGGCCCUCACCUCUCCAGAAACCUCAUCCUUUCUGGAAUCCCAAUACAGCCAUCUCCUGGCAGAGAACGAUCUUACUCCGCCAGAUUCCCGGAAAAGGGAGGUCUGCGGUGCUUGUGGGACCAUUUUUAUCCCCGGAAUCGCAUGCACCGUAACACAGGAGCAGACCCGGCCCAUCAUCCCCAAGACGAAGGGCGGCAAAGUUCAAAAGCCCGGGCCAUCAGAGGCCGGUAAAUGCUUCAAGGUGAAAAUCUACUCGUGCCUUCGCUGUUCGAGCAAAACACGGUUGCAGAUUCCCUCGAGCAAGGCACGCAUGGGCGCACGGAAGCCGGUGAAGACUCCUGUGGUGGAGGCGACAGCAGUGAGGGCACAACUUACACAAACACCAGCUGCGGAGCCAGGUGCUGCGAAAUCUGCGGCAGCUCCAGCUACCGCGCCUGCGAAUCCUGCACCAGGUGCAACUAAUGCCAGCAGUAAGAAAAGAGCGAAAGCACGCAAAGGAGGCCUUCAGGCAAUGCUGGCCAGCAGCAAGAAAGAAACCAAGUCGUCCAAGGGCUUUGGGCUUGAUCUGAUGGAUCUCAUGCGCAGCGACUGA